GUCGUUACUGUCACCGUACGAAGGGGGACGAGAAGGGCUGGCCACUCGGGACCGGGUCGUAGAAGAAAGAGAAUGCAGCAGCCAUGUGGCAGAAAUCCUCGACGCCAGGUGGAAGGGGGAUCAGGUGGAGUAUUUGGUAGCGUGGGAAGGAGAACCGGAGUCAGAAAACACUUGGGUAAUGGCUGAAGAUAUCAAUGACGAGGUAUUGAUAGAAACGUUCCAUCAAAGGUUCCCAAGGAAACCUCAGCCUGUGGAGAGGUUCCGGAGGGAAUACUUUGGGACCACUGAUGAAGGGGAGGAGUUGGAAGGAUUCCCGGACUCGGAAGGGGAAGGGGAGAUGGACUCUGAGGAGGAGGU